UUAUUCAAUUGCACCAUCUUGUUGGUUUGAACCUGGUCCAAAUGGACCAUAAAAGGUCGUGGUCCCCCUCUGCCUCUUGGGAAGAUUCAGGCGCGUCCACUCCUAAUCAACCCUCUCCCAUCUUCUCGACCGCUCCUGUUCCCAUCCUUCUUGACCGCACUCCAAUUGGGACUAAUCAUGCGAUUCUUCGCAUCUUCGCUGUUGUCCGCGGCGUUGGCUGCUCAAGCCUCGCUUGCAACACCUCUCCGAUCUCGCUCGCCCUACAGUGUGAAGGAGACACACAUUCCACCUCAUGGUUGGGAGAAAUUGAACCGUGCUGCCGGGGACCGAUACAUUCAAUUGGAAAUCGCCCUCAAGCAAAGCAACUUUGCGGAGUUGGAGAGACAUCUUUACGAAGUAUCUGAUCCCGAACACGAGCGAUAUGGUCAGCACCUUAGUGCAGACGAAGUGAAUGAGUUGGUCAAGCCUACCAAGAAGACCAGCGACCUUGUCCACGAGUGGCUGUAUGAGAAUGGCAUUGAAGACUUGCAUUACAGCGCUGCUAAAGACUGGAUCACCAUCCAUGUCCCCGUGGAGCUUGCGGAGCGCCUUCUCGACACUGAAUACCACAACUACAAGCACGUGGAUGGUAACAAGGUUGUUGCCAGGACUACCAGCUGGUCUCUUCCUCGCCAUUUGCACAACCACAUUGAUGCUAUUCAACCAACAACGUCAUUCUUCCGCGCUGCGGCCAACGAGGAGACCUACUUCAAUGCUCCCGCUGAGGUCCCCGAAAGCUACAAGAAGCCUACCGAUGACGUUAUUGCUCGUGUUUGCAAUGUUACCUCGGUCACCCCUGAGUGCUUUGCGAACCUUUACCACACCAAGGGCUACAAGGCAAAGGCUGGCGACAAGAACACUGUCGGCUUCAACAACUUCCUUGGUGAAGUCCCCAUUCGACCGGAUGCCGAGCUUUUCUUAAAGAAGUACCGCCCUGAGGCUGUGGAGUCUGCCAAGUCUUUCAAGGCCUUCUCAAUCAACGGUGGCCCCGUCCAGGAUGGCCCGCUCACUGCGAACCAAUCUGCGGAAGGCACAAGCAAGGAGGCCAAUCUUGACGUCCAAGCCAUCGCUGGAAUCAGCUGGCCAGUUCCUAUUGUUAGCUUCUCUACUGCUGGAGAGCCACCAUUCAAUCCCGAUAUCAGCACGCCUGACAAUAGCAAUGAGCCCUACCUAGUGUGGGUCAACUGGCUACUGUCGCAGAAGAAGAUCCCUCAGGUUAUCAGCACCUCGUACUCUGAUUCCGAGCAGACCGUUCCUCGAUCAUAUGCCGAUCGUGUCUGCAAGCAAUUCGCUCAGGUCGGCGCUCGCGGCACAACACUCUUCUUUAGCUCUGGUGAUCGCGGUGUUGGUGGAACUGACAAGUGCUUUUCUAAUGAUGGGAAGAACUCCACUCGUUUCUUGCCCGGAUUCCCUCCUACUUGCCCUUACGUCACUGCUGUUGGCGCAACAAUGAACUUCGAGCCCGAGGAGUCUGCCUAUCGGGCGGCACGUACCGUUAACGGAACCUUCAGGGACCUCUACGCUAGCGGUGCCGGAUUCAGCAACUACUUCGAGCGUCCUCAAUGGCAGAAGAAGGUGGUCGACAAGUAUGUUAAGGACCUCGAUGGUGCAUAUGACGGUCUUUAUGGAAAGGAUGGUCGUGCCUACCCCGAUCUUGCCGGCCAGGGUCUUUACUUUGCCUACUUCUGGAACGGAACCGAGGGUACUAUUUCUGGUACUUCGGCCUCCACUCCUCUCGUCGCAGGUAUCUUCUCUCUUGUCAACGACGCUCUUAUCUCCCAAGGAAAGAAGCCUCUGGGCUGGCUCAACCCUUGGCUGUACUCCAAGGGUUACAAAGGUCUUACCGACAUCACCAAGGGUUUCAGCUACGGCUGCAAUGUGGAGGGGUUCCCCGUCACUAAAGGCUGGGACCCAGUCACUGGCUUUGGUACUCCGGAUUUCCCUAAGCUCGUUAAGCUUGCCGGAGCCAAGAUCUAGAUUGGUUUAUCAUUU